AUGGCGGCGGACUGCGUGACCCGCGUGUGGGCGCUGGCGAUCGCCACGGCGGCGUGCAUCGGCCUGCCCAGCGCGCUCGUCUACGCCAUCGUCCGGAUCGCCGCGGCGCGCCGGUACGGUGCCGUCUUCGCGCUGGGCCUCGUCCUCGUCUUCUGGGUCACCAUCAGCGCCGCCUACUACCCGCGCGUCUGCGCCGACCUCGUCCCCUGGCUCCGCUUCCUGCGCCCCGGCCGCGGCCGCGGCAGCGGCCGCCACGGCGGCGAGCCCUCCUCGCUGCUGGUGCCGCAGCGGUCGUCGUUCGUGACCGUCGACGUGUUUCCAAGGCAGGCACCUGCACCUGUCGCGCGCAUGCUUCCCUGGGAGGUAAGGCGGCCGGCCGCGCGCGGCGGAGCCCGUGCCGGUGGCGACGAUGAUGGCAACGUCCCGCCGCUGCCGCCGCGGUACCCGUUGUACCCGUUGUACGAGCAGCGACGCGUGCCUUUGGCGCAAUGCCACGGAGACCGAUCAGCUAGUACUAGUCGCAUGAUGGCCGCGCUUCCCCGGGAGCCACCGGCCGCGCGCGGCAACGCGCAUGCCGGAGCCGAUGACGACGACCACGACGUCCCACGGAGCGACGGCGGGCCGUCCAAGUUCUUCUGCCCGAUCUGCUUGACCCAAGUGGACGCAGAGGAGACGGCGAAGCGGCUGCCGCUGUGCCUGCACGUGUUCCACCGCCACUGCAUCGACCAGUGGCUGCAGGGCCACUCGACGUGCCCCAUCUGCAGGUGCAACGCCAUUCUGACGACUGACUCAUCAUUUGUCAUGCAAUUUACAAGGUGA